AGCUCUACUUGUACCAAUUUGUAUGUCGCCGAUUUUAAGAGAGGGCGCAACAAGGUAUCAGUAGAAUUAAGAUAUCUCGUUUACUGACCGUCAGGUGAUAGCGUUGCUAGAAUCUACAAGAAGAGCCCAGGGGGUAUCUUUGUUACCCCCAAAGAUCUGAGAGAGCAGUAAUUGCUUUGAAAAUCAAAAGAGAGCGGAAAAAAUUAAAACGGCAUAAUGCAAAAUGGAAAACAAUCCAACGGUGAUACGAAAUUAGACGUACAAGAUGCACAAUUAAGUUUCAAGAAGAAAGGCAUACAAACAAACCUAGAGAAGUUUCUUAUAUUAUUUAGUGUUGCGGUCUUGGUUGUUUGUGUUGUGUUUAUUGUACUGUACAUUAACAACAGUAAAGACGAAACUAUAAACUCUGCAGGCGGAACUGGUGCUAGCACUUCAGAUAACAUUUGUCUCACUCCCGAAUGUUCGAUAGCCGCCUCUCGACUUCUCGGCUCUUUAAACACUAAAGUCCAACCAUGUGACGACUUCUACGAAUUUGCUUGUGGGACGUGGAUGAAGAAGAAUGUCAUUCCAGAGGAUCGGUCCAGCUACGAUAUGUUUGGUGUUGUUCGAGAAGACGUGGAAGUCAUAAUGAAAAUCGUACUGGAGCAACCUGGAUCAUCGAGAGACCCGGAGUCUGUUAGCCAUGCCAAGAACCUGUACAAGUCUUGUAUCAACCAAACUUACAUAGACAGUCGUGGUAUUGAACCAUCCUUUGACCUGCUGAAGGAACUUGGCGGCUGGCCUGUCUUAGGAAACAACAAGGGCGGAAACUGGAAUGAGUCGGACUACAACCUGACAACACUUUUGUUAAAUCUCAUACGUUAUAACAACAAACCACUAAUUAAUUUAUAUGUGUACACGGACUCCAAAAACUCAUCAGCAAGAGUCAUAUUUUUGGAUCAACCGGAUUUUGGAAUGCCUGGACGGAAGUACUAUCUUAACGGCUUAAAUGACACUAUGGUGCGGGCCUACAAGGCGCUUGCGCAAGCUGUGGCGGAAGAGUUUCAUGCUGAUCCAUCCACCGCCGCUCAAGAUAUGGAAGAAGUUAUCAAACUGGAAACUGACAUCGCAAAUAUUUCUAUGAGAGAUGAGGACAGGAGAGACAGCUUUGCUCUGUACAAUCCAAUAGAAAUGCAGAAACUGAAAACUAACUACACAGUACCAGCUGGGGCCAAGUUUAACUGGGAUGAAUUUAUAACACGUGUGAUGAACAUUGAAGGAGUUGAUGUUUUUAUUCCUCCCAAUGAGACCAUUAUUGUCAGGGCCAUUCCAUACUUCUCAAAAAUGUUUGAAGUUCUGGAAAAGUAUUCACACAGAACCAUCUCAAAUUACCUUGUUUGGCGUAUCAUGAAAAACAGAAUAAAUAAUUUGGGUCAGAAAUUUCAAGACUUGGUGACCGAGUAUAAUAAGGCUUUAUAUGGAACCUCGACUUCAAGAGCAAGAUGGCGGACCUGCGCCUCCUACGUCAACACUUACUACGGUCUAUCCCUUGGCCGUCUUUUUGUUAAAGAAGCCUUCGAUGAAAAUGCAAAGCAAGAGACCUUGGAUAUGAUCCAUAACCUGAGAGCAGCCUUUGGAGAACUUGUGGAUGAAAACACGUGGAUGGAUGAUACAACUAGAGGACUUGCUAAAGAAAAGGCAAAAUACAUACAAGAAAAGAUUGGGUAUCAGGACUUCAUCUUAAAUUCGACUGCGUUAGACGAGUACUACGAAAAUUAUACGGCAGAGGCAAAUACAUAUUUUGAAAAUGUGUUGUCAAACUUGCGAAGGUCCUCGAUUGACUCCUUGCGCUACCUUCGAUUUGAAGUGGACAAAAAUGAAUGGGGUACAGCUCCCGCCACAGUGAAUGCUUAUUACAACAGUGUUCUCAAUCGAAUCAUGUUUCCAGCAGGAAUUUUACAGCCUCCAUUCUUUUCCAGUUCACAGACUAAAUCUAUGAAUUAUGGAGGUAUCGGUGUUGUGAUAGGACACGAGAUCACUCACGGCUUUGAUGACAGAGGGCGGCAAUAUGACAAAGAUGGCAAUCUCAAACAAUGGUGGACAGAUGAAGUGAUACAGACUUUUAAGAAACAGGCCCAGUGUCUAGUUGACCAGUACGGUAACUUCUCUGUCCCUGAGGCUGACGGGAUGAAGAUGAAUGGUAUCAAUACUCUUGGAGAAAACAUUGCAGAUAACGGAGGGUUAAAGGAAAGCUAUAGGGCUUACAGAAGAUGGGUAGAAACAAGAGGAAUGGAGGAGGAACAAUUACCCGGAGUCAAGUAUACACACGACCAAAUAUUCUUCAUUAACUUUGCACAGGUUUGGUGUGGAAAUAUGCGUCGAGAGUCGGCUAUUAACCGCAUCUUGACAGGCGUGCACAGCCCAGGCAGAUUCAGAGUGAUCGGUACAUUACAGAAUUCUGAAGAUUUCUCGAGAGCGUUUAACUGUCCAAAGACGAGUUUUAUGAACGCAGCUAAGAAGUGUUCAGUGUGGUAGUCUACAAUGAUGCAUCCAUUGUAAAAUUCCAAAUUAAUUUGAUGAUUUCAUAUUUUUUAUGGGAUAGAUCUUUGUUAUUUAAAGUUGGAGCAGAGCAAGUUUGAUUGAAACGGUUUCAAAAAUUUAUGUGAAAGAUUUAUAAAUGCAGUUUUUUUCGUUCAAGUUUGAAAUCAAUGGCGUACACUGUACAAAAUAAAAAUAAAAGUAAAUAUUUUCAUUUGAAGAGCUUUUAACGUUGCUCCUAUUUUUAUUAUUACCUUUUUUUUUUUACUAUUAAUGCAUGUACUAUGAUAUCAUCAAUGAAGGCCGCCAAAUAUGCACAUGUUAUUGUCAUCUUGUAAAUUACGUAUUUACUGUCACCUGAUAAACUCAAAAUUUACGAUAUGACAUUGCUCCCAUUUUUUUUUAAACAAAACUGAUAUAGACAACAGAGGAUAAACGGAAAUGACUCCUCCGUUUCACAAAUCUUGAUUUUAGUUUCAGUUUAUAUAUAGGAAAUGUAAGGUGAUCAUACAGCUGUGAUAUUAAUCUACCUGCUCAUGAAUAUGCAAUACAUGUAUAUGAUUUUAUUUUUGUCUUGUUUUGUGUGAUUUACAUUUGCAUUAGUAAUGGUUUCAGCAUUUGUAUUGAAUGUAUAUAAUUGUAUAACAAUUGAUUGUUAAUAAAUCAUAUUAUAUCCAA